GCAGUUUGUGACAGGCGCUUGUGUUCUCAACAGCUGUUGGCGUCUUUCAAUGGCACUGUCCCAUCUGCCACUCAACACUCCCUCCGCUGGUGCCAAAGCUGCUUGGACAGAGGUGCUUUUAACUACUUUGGGGACUGGGUGGUCGGGCCCUAACUUUUAUUAUGUGCCAUGUUGUCCCCGCCAGCUGUAGUUCUGCACCCUUACAGCCUGCCUGUCUACCCUCCGGCACCCCAAUGUUACUCCGGACUGGUUCAGGGUAGUCCAGAUGCUGCAGUGCCGCCAGCUGAUGCCAUGACCCAGACGUUCCCAGCUCAAUACCCUCCACCACCACCUCAGGCCCGGCUGCCUCCACAGUAUCAUCUCCACAGCACCCCUUCAGAGUACCCAUCUCCAACAUCGGCAGAUCAUAAUCUACGCAUCUUUCCUGAGCAAGGAGCAGCUGCACCUGAGCCAUUGCCGCUGCCACCACCACCUGCCCAGCCAGAAGAGGUCCCUGCACCUGAGCUGUCUCCUGAGACAGAGGAAACUGAAAGCACUGAGAACAAGAGCCAGCCCAAACGCCUUCAUGUGUCCAACAUCCCCUUCCGCUUUCGUGAUCCAGACCUGCGACAGAUGUUUGGGCAAUUUGGGAAAAUCCUAGAUGUGGAGAUCAUCUUUAAUGAGCGUGGGUCAAAGGGUUUUGGCUUUGUCACCUUUGAAAACAGCCAAGAUGCUGACCGGGCACGAGAGAAGCUGAACAGCAGCAUUGUAGAAGGGAGGAAGAUUGAGGUCAACAAUGCCACAGCCCGUUUAGUCACCAAGAAACCACCAGCUGCACCUGUGGUGAAUGGAUGGAAGAUCAAUCCUAUGGUUGGUGCUGUUUAUGCUCCUGACCUGUACACAGUUGCAAGCAUCCCUAUCCCAUGAUGGCCACCAGCUGCCCUGGCAUACGUGGGGCUCU